AUGUCGCCCACCAAGGAAAAACAAAAACCGCUUCCCUCACCCCUCCAAAGAAUCAAGAACCCCUUCAUCAGCCUCCACGCCGCUCCUAGACCUCUAUCCUUCCGCGCCCGCAGCAAAUCCCGACUCACACUCCUCGUCGUGGCCAUGGUGCUCAUAGUCGCCGUGCUUAAUGAGCUACGCUGCGUGGAAUACGGGUGCCUGUCCCGUGUGGGGUUCUACGGCGGCGAGGCGAGGCAUGUUGGCGGCGGGGCCGUGAUUCCGUGGGCGGGGAUAGAAGCGGGCAUAGAGAUUGACGGGGGGUUUGCGGAAGGCGAGACAGGGAAGCCUGAGGGGAAGGGGAAGGACAUUGGUGGUGGAAAGUGGAUCGAUGAGGAGCACUUGCAAGAGAAGGCGCCGAAGGGUCAGAACGAGAAUGUGCUAGGCCCUGUGAAGGAAGAAUUGGAAGAAGAAGAUUUGAACGAGAGCGAGUACUCUCUGAGGGCAGACUGGGAAGGUGAUGGGGAACCCCCUUCUUCUCAUCCCUCAGCCAGUCCCGCACCAGGCUCUAAAUCUCCCCCAAGCACCAGCCCCGAUAAUUCAACCGAGCUGGGCACCAUGGACAUGGGUUUCCUAGGUGGAUGA